UUUCCAGGAAGUACACCGUAUUUCCAAAAGCCCAUCCGCCAUAUUGAAGUCAGUUGUGAACAACUUUCUUCUAGAUCCUGUUCAUCUGAAGAACGAUGUCAAAUCCCGAAUCUUCAACGGCAGCAGCCGGAGCCCAACCUUCGGUCGCCACCGCUGCUGGUGUAAGUAAAGAGGAGGAACCAGCUACACCGGGGCUGGAUGACUCCAUGUUUUCUACACCCAGCGCUCUCACUGACGUGGCGCUCGUAGUGGAAGGGAAGAAACUACACGUGAGUAAAGCUCUACUCUGUCUCGCCUCCCCCGCCUUCCUGAAAAUGUUCGAAGGGGACUUUAAGGAUAAAACAGAGGUUCCCAUCGCGGACAAGAAGUAUGCGGACUUUGUUGAAUUCUUGUUGUGCUUUCAUCCGUCCACCUGUAAACCGGUCCAACGGGAAACACUCGACGUUCUUCUGGCUCUCGCUGACGAAUACGAGGUCGAGUCUCUCAAGCAGCGGUGUGAACAGUUUGUCCUCAAUAUGUUCCAACUUAAAAAUGACAAGAAAUCAGAUCCGUCUAAUACAGAACUGGUUCAUUUCCUGUACCUGUCUGACAAGUACAAACUGAGCAAACUUCUGGACACCUGUGUUGUCAAAGCGACGUACAGAACCUAUGAAGGCGAACACGGCAUCAGAACCUUGCGGGAAUUCAACCUUCUGUCAGAGAAAUCUAAGUUUCGUAUACUGUCUGAAAGAAUGAGUUUGCUUGAAGUGCCCUUAACAGGUUUACUUUGUGCCUCUAACGAACAAACGCUUAAGCAACGAUUGGAUAUAAUUCUGCGUACUGGUUGUAGUUGCCGCAGAAGACUACAUUCUCCCUAUGAUUUGUCAGGAGUUAGAAAGCAGUUGAGAGACGACCUAUUAGCUCACUUGGACAACUUCUGUCUACUUUCAACCUAUUUUAGGAAGGAUCCGCGCUAUGCAGAUGUCCAAUAAACUCAACAGCGAUAUAAGUGGGUUUCACCAAAGUGUUAAAGGUCCAUGAGGGCUUUCCUCAGACGCAACAAGCUGACACACCGUCAUAUAACUGGAAUAAUGUUAAAUGCGGCGUUAAACCCCUCAAUCACGACAGCGAUGUACUUGUCUGAUAAAAAAUAUCACUUGAGCCAGACAAUAGCGCCUGUGUGCAUUAUUCACAGCAGUACAGUUCCUUUAUGUGUGAUGCCUGCAAGAUGGGGGCAAGAUGGACAAAUCUACUGUCUGUGCUUGUGUAGCAUCGUUCCCCAGCGGCCAACCAUGGUGUGGAUUUAUAUUUGACCAGAUUCCGAUGAGACCGCAUAAAACUACGCAUCGUUAUAAAUUAUAGCCACACAAAGUUAAGAAGUGGACACAAAGUUUGCGUUUAGUAGGGGCAUGCAAGCAUGCGUCUGGAUAGUCUUACGUUAUAUAUAAUUCUUAAUACUGUGUGCUGUAGUAGUCAGGUAAUGUCAUUUUCCAAGUAUUAUACAUUUAAUAUUGUGUACUACCACUUCAAUUACUGUUUGCGAUAAUAAUAUACUGUAUGUGAAAAAAAGAAAAUAUAUAUAUAUCUAUUGGUCAUUGGACGAGACAUCUAGAAAGUGUCAUGCUCUAUAUAGCUUACUAGUAUUAUAUGUAAUAUUGUGUGCUAUAGUAGUCAGGUAAUCUCCUUGUCUUAGUAGUUUUAAAAAUGUGUACUACCACUUCAUUUACGGUUUGGGGUUAUAAUAUUGUUAUAUGCUCAGUCCUUACAUUCUGUAUUUAGGUGGAAUCAGAGAAGUAGUAGGGAUAGAAGUAAAAAUUGUAAAUCAGUCAGGAGAUUAUUAAUAAAAUCAAUUGU